CGUCGUUACCAUGGUGACAUCCCUUGCCUCAGUGGCUUUGAGCAGUUUGUUGUUGGAUAUAGUAGCUAACAGAAAUACUCUAUGUGGUUAAAAUUAACUUUAUACCCGCAGAGAUGGACUUGCCGGCUUCAUAUUACGGUAAACUUGAUAAAAGAAACCCGGUUAUUUCAGCUUUUGAGCGGGACGUUAAUUCGUUCACAACACUGAUGAAACGAGGCGUUUCUUCAACCAGCCAAGACAACAACGGCAAUUAUGCUAAAGGGAUUAAAAUCCUGGUGGAGUUAUGGAGCAAGUACAGACAUCGACUGCCUUCAAGGUUGUACCAGGAGCGUAUGUUGCAGAUUGCAGAUUUUCUCUUUGGAAUAAAGUUGUACCAGCUGGCUCUUUGGCAAGGCUACAGUCUCCACUUGUUGCAGUUCAGUUCAGUGAAAAUUACUGACAUCACAGAUAUGGACCAAUUCAUGGCCUGCUUCUUCCCUGAAGGGUUUGACACAGACCAAGAUGUCUUUGCCAUGAAGAUCCGUGCAAUGCAGGGCUGUGCUCUGUGUAUAUUUGAGCUGGAGAAAAGACACAGCGUCCUCAGCCAGAAGGAACUCUUUACAGUGCUGCGCGUGCUGAACUUCAUCAGGAUCAUGAUGCAGGCUUUUCAGCAACAUGAGCACCUCUCAUGGCAAAUAUAUAAUGGCUCGUUGCACAUCUACACCAUCUGUCGUUACCUGAUGACCGUGAAUUGCAGUGCACAGGCACUGGAGUACCUUCUGUGGGCAAGCGUCAGUUUAGAGCUGUCCAUCCCUCUGAUGACUGCUAAGUAUCUCCCAUGGAUUGUCACACUCUACUGCGCUGUCUGCCACUGUUACUAUGACAACCAGGCUGCAGUGCAGGCGGAGGAAUUUGCCAGGAGAGCUCUGGGAAAAAUCAAUGAGCUAGCAAAGCUGGAGGAGCAGAGUGAAGUUCCUGCCACCAGAGAGACUCAGAGAGCUUAUAAAGAAGCCUCUAUAAAGCUUGGUGCCAUGAUCUUCAAGCGGGCAGUUUAUGAGGCCAGAAGGAGACCCAAGCAUGCAUUCAGAAUCAAAACCAGAAGCACCCUCAAAGACAUACCUAAUGCACCAUGGCCCCGUACUACAACAGAGCGCAUGCUAAUGGGGCUGUUUGACAGCAGCGCAGGACAAUUCUUGGGCAUCUUAGAAGCACUUUGGGACAGCACCAGACACCCGCUGCAGACCAGGAUGCCAGAUGAACCAGAGCUGCAAGAAGUGAUCCUGGAACUCCUGUCCGCUGGCAUCAGUAUAUUAUCUGGAGUCACAACUUCUAGUGAGCAAAGGUCUGAUGAUCAGCCAUGCUUAUGUCUUAGUGCAUUGACACCAACAUCCACUCUAAUGGAUUUAGCCAUUACAGGAGAAAACAAAGUACCCUUCAUAUCUGCGGUGAGGUUCAUCAAGCUCUUAUUUCAGUACAAGCAGCCAGAUGCAUUCACUGAACUUGCCAGAGAGAUGCUACAGUUUUUGUCUGAUAUGGAAGGUCCGCCAUUCAGAAAGGCAGUGAUGGAGCUUGCUUUACUUGACGAUUUAAACAGUCUGCUGUCUUCCCAGAGAAGCCGUCCCAAAGACAACAACGGGAAUGAUGACAGACACAAGUCUUCAUUCUCAGUGAACGAUGAGUUCGUUUGCCUGGUAGACACCCUGCAUAAGGCUGUUUGUGGCUCUGCUCCUGAGGUGCAACCAGAUGGAGACCUGGUUUUGGAUGUUGUGUUAUUUCUCUGGGCUAAAGUGAAGGUGGUGAUGCAGAGGGACAAGCUGCAAAACCCAGAGCUCACACACUACCUGGAGAAGGUAGAUGAUUACGACAAGUGGCUGUGGUGUCUGUCUAGGCUGUGUGAGGUGGCCUUUGCCUGUGACCUGGCAACUGUGGACUGCAUAAUGAUGGCAGAGAUGAUCCACACAUUAGCCAUACUGCUGGAGAGUGCAGCUGAACGUGCAGCUCCUGAAGCAGAUGGUGAUGGUGUAAAACCAAACUCUUUCUCUCUUGUUGAGAGUUCAAGCACAGAGCUGCUUCAGAAGGUGUGUGAGGUGGCGAGGAGAGGUCUUAAAGCUCUGGCAACAGGUGUAGCUACACUGCUGCCCCAAGAUUCCUCAGCAAUCACUGACUCUGCCUUCAUGCAGAAAUUUUGUCCCCUCCCUCCAUCAACUCCCUCCCUGUCUAAUCUGACAUCAUCAGAGGAGGGAAAUGAGGAAGAUGAAAUAAGUAAGAAGGAAAAAGAAGAAGUGGAAACUAAGGCAGAAUCAGAUAUGAAAAGCUCUCGAGACAUUCAGUCGGCACGCAUUCCCCUGCUAGCCACAGACCUUCAUCUAGAGCUAGACAUCAUCCACCACAGAGCUUCCCUCAAGUUGCUGCAGCUAAAUGCAGUUGAGGAGUCUGAACUGUUGGAUCGGAUCAAGAAGAACAAGGUGUCCAAAGCUCUUUUCCUGAUCCAGAAAGCCUUGCUGGUGAACAACAACAAGGAACCAAAUAAAAGCAGUGAAACCAAGAGUCUGCUAGAGGAGGCCUCCUCUCUGAUAGAGAAAGCAGGAGUAGAGGAGAGAAGACUGUUUCUCUCCACCACCUCUAAGACUCCAGCUGAAAAUAAAGACAAAGGAGUGAAGGAGGAAAAAGAAAUCCCUCCACCUCCCCCCAUACUUCUCUCACGCACUGACCACUCCUUAACCUUUGCCCCAGCACCUUAUAAUUUGGAGGGACAAGUGUGCUGGUACCAGCUCUGCGGCCGAACAGCUGAGGGUAUCAACCGGAAAGUCCGUCUUGGAGACUGCAGCCUGCCAGGAACUGGAAAUCUGGUGCCAGCAGUAUCUGGUGAAUGUGUGCUGAGUGUGGAGGGGCUGGUGCCCAACCAGAAAUAUGUGUUUGCUGUUGCAGCCUAUAACAGCCAGGGCAAGCUACUGGGCAACACCAUAGGGAGGACAACAUUCCCACUGCUGGCAUCAAUGCCUUUACCUCUACUCUCCACGUGGGCUCACUUGGCUCAGGUGGCAUUUCAAACAGGGCAGUAUACCUUAGCAAAGAGAGCCUGCAAUGAACUGUGGAGCCACUAUACCAUCCCUGACCCUGGGUCCCAAAGUAUACAGGACAGACUUGCUACCGCAAAGUUGCAUAAACAGACUCUACAACUCUCCUCCCCUCACCUGUGUCAGAUGUUCCUCAUUUCCAUCUUCAUUGAGACAGAGAUCAACGUUCAGCAGGGAUCUUUGUACUGUGACUCAUUCAGUGACAGUGGACCAUUUAUCUGGGAACAGGAAGCCAGACUGGCAGAAUGUGAGCGAAUGCUGGUGGCCAUGGACUUGGCAAUGUGUUUGAAUGACGGUAUUGCUGCUCUGCAGGCUGUAGUAAGCUGUUAUGGCCUCUUGGCACCUCUAAUCUUCCAUCAAAUCACUUGCAACCCUGUGGUGCAGGUGCUACAGAAAUGCUUGAUAGUUUUGGAGGAGAAUUCAGGACUUCUCAAACAAAAAUGGACUGGAAACAUCUCAGAGUCGUUUAUGCACAUGAUAGCCUGUAUCACCUACUACCUGACAAAGACAUUACGCAUGCUCAAGGAGCAUCACAUGGCUUUUGUGGUGAUGGACUGUGGUCGCAUGCUGCUCCAGGAGGUCUGUGAUGCCCAGCUGCAGAUCAGGAAACUUGCUGGUGAAGCUUCUAAGGUGGUAGAUCAUGCUGCAAGUCUUCAACUGAAGGCACUGCAUGCGAAGAACAAGAAAAGAGUCACAACUGAAGCAGCUCUCACCACAGACAAUGAGAUUUCACGCCCACUGACUGGCUCUGAGGAUCCCACCAUAUUGUAUGAUCUGAUCUCCAGCAGCACAUUAAAGGACGCUUAUCAAGAUGUGAUGAAACUCAGACGCAAGGCAUUUUUCACUGAGUAUGCGGCUCUACUACUUCAGAGAACGAUGGAAGAAGGUCACCCAGAUCUUGUAUUAAAGUGGGGCCAGAGCAUAUUUGAAUUCCUUUCCAGGCGAGACGAGGUGAUGGGACUGUCCACAAAAUGUUUGGAGGGAAACGGUCACAGUAAAAGAAGAAACAGUGUUCAGGCUCCAAAAGGAAAUGAGCCACCCCAGCAGAACAAGAACACACCUUCUCAUGAUGAUACAAGAAAAAAAAUAAAGCAGAAAAUGCCUCACAGCAUGCUUCAGAGAGUGAAAACUAACAGGGACAUGCAGGUUGUGGAGAACCUGCUAACCAUGAUGUCGUCUGUGGUGCAACGCCACAAGAAGCAGCUUCACCUGAGGAACAUGUGCUAUGAGGAGAGAGUGUGGAGGUCACAUCUUAACUACAGCAUGGCCCAGGCACAUAUAGCACUGCUUUACCAGUGCUUGGAGCAGCUGCAUGGAGGAACAUGGCAGCACAGGUACAGCCAGUUAAAUCCCUUGUGUUUCUCUCUGGCCUACUCUGGUAUCCUGGUACGGAGGAACUCACAGAGACAGCAGUCUUCUAAACAUGAAGUUGUCUCAGAGAGAGACUCCUCUCACUCUGGUCUUAAAGAUCAUGUGGCUGCACACAAAGACAGGCAGAAAAAGGAGGUAGUUCGAGCUGAUGACUCAGAGGACAGUUGUGAGGAGGGAGAGGAUGCCUCUCAGACUGUGGAACAGCAGAUUGAGAUGCACAGGCAUGCUGCUGCUGUGCUGCUGGACUCACUUAACAAAGCUGCUUUACAUCUCCGAAGGGCCAUGGUGUUGGCCCAUCGUGGCAGCCACUGGACAAUUCUGCAGCGUGCGUGUCAGACUGUGUGGGACCAAAGCAGCAGACUUGCUCUCUUAGUACAGCUUGAAUCUCAUUCUCCCAUUACAGCAGAACUGCUGCACACCACCUUCACCCAGCUGCUGGUGCUGGCUACUGACCUAAUCAUGGACAUGCUGAACAGACUAGGGCUGUGGAGUUUGUACGACAGCGACUUGACUGAGGAGGAACUAGAGUCCAGUCUUCACUUCUCAGCCCCACUGGAUGAUAGCACCCAGGUGGACCUGCGAUGGGUCCGCACCUUGGUGUUGCACACUCUGGAGCGGCUCCAUGAUAGUGGCAAAUGGGAAAGCCUGGCACACUUCGCCUUACUUUUCAACUCAUACACACGUGAACGUUACGUCUUGAUCAUAACCCCUCUACUAGUCCAUGCGCAGAGGAGGCUGCUUGAAAGGAUUAGUUGUUUUGGAGGACCUGCAGUUCCACAACCGCACCAUGUCAAGACACACAAGGCCACUGGCAAGGAGGUAACUUACAGGAGCUAUGCAGGCUGUCAAAUAGUCAGUGGAUGGAAACAUCACCAUGCAGAGAGACCACACAUUCACAAAAAAGCAGCACACACAAACUCCACUCCUCAACAUGCAGUUGAGGUUAAAGGUGCAGAAAUACAGUGCUCCAUGUCCCUUGUGUGCGUCCCUCUGGAUGUAGAAGACACGCUCAGCUGUUAUCAUCAAGCUCUUGAGAGAAGACCACAUUGUCUUCAGGUGUUCCAGCAUAGUCGCUCAUUACUGUUGCUGCUUCUGGCAUACACACAGCCAUAUUUUGUGGCACAGUUGCGGCACUGCCAGAGCAGAAGUCUCAGCCAGUCUGCAAGCCUGGUGGAUUUCAGUCCCAUCGUUAUGCCCACUCCAAACAUCCAACCUUGUGACCUCACUGAGGAGGACUACAGCACUCCAGAUGCUCUCUACAGCCUCCCUAUCAGCUCUGAACACAUGCCGACCGUCACUACUGCAUACUCCACCUCCAUAAAGUAUCUCCAGGCCAACAAUCAUGACUCCCUCAGAGUUCUGGCACUGCAUGAAAUGGGAAACCUACAUUUCUACAAUGGAAACACAAGGGCAGCACACUCAUACUGGAGUAAAGCUGUAGACUGUGCCUUACAGAGCUCAGGAGCAAUAGAGAGAUGGGAUGGCGUGUCGUUUGGAAGUGGCUCCAUGCAACAAACCCUGAAACAGGCUGGCAUUUGGGGAUGUCUGCAGGCUGCUGGGCUCACUGCUAAGAUUGCACAGCAUUUCUUAACUUCUAAUGUCAGUCAGCGGACAAAGUGCAGUCUCCUUUCUGCUCACCUCUUUAAGUGCGUGCUGUGCUGCUCCCUGGCUCAUCCCCAAGCCGACCUCCAGUACGCCUCACACAACAUUGGAGAUGAACUGCUCCCUGGAGUUGACCUUUUCUCUGAACCUCAUAGGGUUCACCUUGGUACCACUGUAACCAGCCUUAAUUUCAUCUGCCACUGGCUUUUCACCACAGGCUACUACUUCACGUUACUGCCCAUGCUAGCUCUUUAUGUACAUUUUGUGGGGACUGUGUGCAGAGAUGUGCAACGCACUGUUGAGGGCAAAAUACUUAAGAUACGCGCCCUUACUGAACUGUGUCUGUUCACUGAAGCCGUAAAGGAGGCAGUUCAGCUCACACAAGGAGUAGGUGUCCUUCUGCCUAAUGGAAACUACAUCGCCAAAGAUGAUCACCAAGCCAUGAAGAUGUUCUACACCAACAAGUCUCUCCUGGACAAUGCAGAGGCUUUGGAAGAACUUGUGAACUGUGACUUUGCUCCAGAGGUCCGAACGUUGUAUGGAUCCACACUGUGCCUUCGAUUCAACCUGGCUCGUGUUCAGCUAGUCCUGGCACUCAGUAACACUGUGCAUGGUUCUCCUGUGCCAGAUUCUGUUGAAGGAGAUGCUUGUGUCAGCAUAACAAGCUGUUCAGUGAACUCAAAACACCAUGAACAGGACAGAGUGGAUGCUGAGAGCUCCUGUCUAAAGAUAGAAGAGUCAAAAGUGCUGGAUCUUGUUACAGAGAAAGAGAGGCUCACUCCAGAAAAGAUAAAGUUUCUUUUGUUAGAAGCAGCAUCCUUCUUGUUGCACUCCAUUUCACAGCAGCUCACAUCUCAGUGUUGUAGUGAAAUGGAGAGCCUGGAACUGGCAAUAGAGUCUAAUCUUCUAAAGGCCAACCUCUACCUGCAGCAAGGACAUACUGCACUUAGUUCUGAGAUGGCAGUUUCAUCAUUGGUGCUACUACAGACGUCUCUAGUAAUCAUAAAACGAUUCAUACCUUGCUCUCAGAAACCUGUGUCUGAGCUCCCACCCCCCAGGACUGGAAGUGAACGGGGCACUAAAAAAUACAUUGUAUCAAAUCCCCUGCAUGAAGACUGUCCCAGAGCUGCUGAGGCUAGUGAGAGAAUUGGAGUUUCACUGUGGCUGCGUUGCCGCCUGACUCUGGUCCGCAGCCUGGUAGCACAAAUCCCUGGCACCACUGCCUCUUUCCCAGGUAAGAACAUUAAUGACGAGGCAGCUCGGGUGUUACAGGAGGGUCUUGUUGAAUGUGCACUAUGGGGAGACCUUGAUAUUCAAGCCCUUUUGAUGGUUGAAGCUGCCGGGUUGGAAGCACAGAAAGGCAAAACUGAUGACAGCAUGGAAAUGCUACAGGAAGCAGUGGGUCUGCUGUCAGGACGGACAUGCAUACCACCAGGGUCUAGUGUGACUCUUGCUCGGGCUACUUUGCUGCUCAGCGACCUGAGAGGAGUACAGACCACCAAACUUCUAAAACUGACACAGAAACUGUUGAAAAAGCAGCUCUGUGUUUUUGGUGAGAAUGUGGUGUUGGAUGAUGGAAAAGUUUGUUUCUCUCCUCACGGACCGAGCAACAUCUACCUCCCGUACCUGAGCAUACUGGAUCAGACCACUUCACGAAUUGGUCACACCCAGGAUCUCAGCACCAUUGAAAUGCCAGUCUCUGCACAGUUAUUACAAUCUUCUUCCAGGCAGCGGUUGCACCAGCCGGGCGAGAUUGAGAAAGACUCUUAAGCACCAAUUCCAUCUCUGAGCAACCCAAGCUCCUCCAGUUCUAUGAGCCCCCCACAUUCAGUCAUAUAACCAGAAUAGAAUAUCACCCAUAAAGCAUUGCAGUUUGCACUGCUGUCUACCAGUUCUGUGUUUAUUGAGAAAUGUAGCUGCAUGCUGAAGUAGGUAUAGAGCCACGUGCAUCUGUCUGUGUUUCUGUUUCUGGGGAGCUUGUUUUGUUUUGUUGCAAGAAAGUUAAGGGCAAUUUGGUGAAGUGACACAUUAUGUAAUCAGUGCAUUUGACAACUUAAGUAUUGCAUUUGUUAAUAGGCUAUCACAAUGGCUACUUAUAACAUACAGGUGUAAGUAAAUGCAUAUAAUAACUGGACCUGGAAACAGUUUGAUAAGCUUAACAACAAUGCAUACGUUGUAGACAUUUCCAGUCACUGUAAGUUGUCAUUCUCUCGAAUGGAAAAUGAUUCUGUAUAUAUUGUAUCAGUGUGUUCUUCAUUCUUCAAUCUUACAGUAUGAUCACCUGCAAAGUGGCAGUAAAUGGAAACAAAGAAAGGGAUGGAAAUAAACUGUAACCUGUAAAUGAAAUUUCAGGUUACUGUUGGUUGGGUUAUAUUUUUAUUCACUAAUUUAGAUUAAGGAUUAAGAAUCUAAGAAGUAUAGUUAUCACAAUUUUAAAAUACUUUUAGAAGUAAAAGUUUUGCAUUUAAAAUCAUUCUUAAGUAAAAGCACAGACAUAUUAUCAGCUGCUUAAAGUAUUAAAAGUAAAAGUUACAUCAUUAA